CCCCCUUUCUAUGAGGUCUACCGGAACAGCGAGUCCGUGACCCCCAACCCGCGGUCCCCUCUGGAGGACUACUCCCUCCACAUCAUUGACCUCCACACCGGCCGCCUGUGUGACACGCGCACCUUCAAGUGUGAUAAAGUGGUCCUGUCUCACAACCAAGGGCUGUACUUGUACAAAAACAUCCUGGCCAUCCUGUCGGUGCAGCAGCAGACCAUCCACGUCUUCCAGGUGACGCCCGAAGGCACGUUCAUCGACGUGCGGACCAUCGGCCGCUUCUGCUAUGAGGACGACCUGCUCACCGUCUCCGCCAUCUUCCCCGAGGUCCAGCGGGACAGCCAGACGGGCAUGGCCAACCCCUUCCGGGACCCCUUCAUCAACUCCCUGAAGCACCGGCUGCUCGUCUACUUGUGGCGCCGCGCAGAGCAGGAUGGGAGCGCCAUGGCCAAGCGGCGCUUCUUCCAGUAUUUUGACCAACUGCGGCAGCUGCGCAUGUGGAAGAUGCAGCUUCUGGACGAGAACCACCUGUUUAUCAAGUACACGAGCGAGGACGUGGUCACCCUGCGGGUCACAGACCCCUCGCAGGCGUCUUUCUUUGUGGUGUACAAUAUGGUGACAACAGAGGUGAUCGCGGUGUUUGAGAACACGUCCGACGAGCUCCUGGAGCUCUUUGAGAACUUCUGUGACCUCUUCCGGAACGCUACCCUGCACAGCGAAGUCCAGUUUCCCUGCUCAGCUUCCAGCAACAAUUUUGCAAGGCAGAUCCAGCGCCGGUUCAAAGACACGAUUGUGAACGCCAAGUACGGAGGGCACACCGAGGCCGUGCGCCGGCUGCUCGGCCAGCUCCCCAUCAGUGCCCAGUCUUACAGCGGCAGCCCCUACCUCGAUCUGUCGCUCUUCAGCUACGAUGACAAGUGGGUGUCCGUCAUGGAGCGGCCCAAGACGUGUGGCGACCACCCUAUCAG